AUGAACCUUGAGCAGGAUUUCAUUCCUUUUGUUAAAUGGCUCGUUAAUUACUUCAUAAAUAAAAAACAAGAAGAAAUUCUUGUGCUACAAAGACCUUGGGAAAAUAUUAGAGGAGAAAUAAUGGAAUCUCCUUUUCCCCCUGAACAAACAAUAAGUUUGAGUCAAAAUACUGAAGUUACUCCUUACCUUAGCCUUCCAUUACAAAGAGUUGAACAAAGUCAAGUUACUCUUAAGGAAUUAAAUUCAGUCAUCAGGUCUCAAAAUUAUACCAAUGCUUACCUUGUUUUCUUAGGAGAACAAUUUAUCUCCAUGGAAAAAGAUCUCUUAUCCAUAAAAGAUCUUUUAGAAAAACAAAUAGAGCGUCAAAAUAUCAUUAUUGACCACAUAAAUAAACCUAAAGACCAAAUAUCCACAUCCACUAUUUCGGAUGUUCCUAUAGUGCAACCUCCAGUUUCCAUAGAAGGAUUUAAAAUGGAAACCAAUGGAGAAGAAUUUGUUCGUAUUUUAGAACAAAAAUUAAAAGGACUUAAUAUCACUGUCAUGUCCCAUGAAGAUUAUUCUAAGGAUAAUAAUGAUAACCAUAUUGAUUUUUGA